AUGGAGGUGGAGGUGACGGCAGACGAGCAGAACAGGAGCGCGGCUGAGUCGACAGCAGCUGGUUUCUGCUCCCACUGCAGCCCCCCCACUCCUGCUUCCCCUGCACCGGCCACACCAACACUGCAGGACUCCCGUGCCACAGAUCCAGAACCAUACUCAGUGUAUUCUGGGGCUGAGGAGAAUUUUUUUGACCAACAGCUGGCAUUUCAAGCAGGCAUAAGGUUGGAGCCUCUGGCCAAACCCCAGACAGCACUUGCUGUGGAUGGACACCUCCUGGCCCGUGUUACUCACCUGACUGAACCACUCACACUCGUCCUGUCUGGCGACAGAAACUAUGAUGUUGGGAAUCGUGAGUUGCUGGCUGUCAAGAUGGCUCUCAGGGAGUGGCAACAUUGGCUGGAGGGCUCAAAGCUGCCAUUUGUGGUUUGGACAGACCACAAGAACCUCGCCUAUAUUCAGACUGCCACGUGGCUCAACUCCCACGCUGAGGAGACCUCCACUGAGCCCGAGACCAUCCUGCCAGUCUCUCAAGUGGUGGCCCCCAUUACUUGGGAGAUUGCCUCCCAAAUCCAGGAGGCACAACACACCCAGCCGGACCCUGGUGGAGGUCCUCCCAACUGUCUCUUUGUUCCUGACUCUGUCCGGGCUCCAGUUCUCCAAUGGGUAAAUCUUCUCACACACCCCCUGCUGGUCUGCUCCAUCCUCUGCCUGUUCCUGGUCGCCCAUGGUCCCACAUUGCUGUUGACUUUGUCACUGGUCUCCCAGCCUCCCAAGUCAGCUCACUGCUUGUGUACGAUGGCCAAACAUUGUUGUGGCCCCUCUGCCAAGGACUUGGUGAAAAUCGACUACGAUCAUGAUGGUCACGCAUUUCAGCCACUUCACUUCCCCAGCGGGAUACCUACUCACCUUCGGCGUACCUUUGUUCCACUCCCCUGGCGUAGACGCCGCCGCCGCCAGGGUAAACGCAGCGGCCAGCUGGUCUUUAAUGAUCCCAUCCAUGGGCACAUGGAGGUACACCCACUCCUUGUCAAAUUCAUUGACACUCCCCAGUUUCAAAGACUACGAAACAUCAAGCAACUGGGUGCAGCCUACUAUGUCUACCCUGGAGCAUCCCACAACCGUUUUGAACACUCCAUUGGAGUGGCGCACCUAGCAGGACAGUUUCUUCAAGCUCUGAGAGACCGGCAGCCAGACCUUGACAUCACUCAGAGAGACAUCCUUUGUGUGCAGAUCGCUGGUCUCUGCCAUGACCUUGGACAUGGGCCUUUUUCUCAUUUGUUCGAUGGAAGAUUAAGUCCUGAAAUUAGGAAGCAAAAACAGCAACCACCAAACAAUGAUGACUGGAAGCAUGAGGACGCUUCUAUAAUGAUGUUUGAUCACAUGGUGAAAGUUAAUAAGUUGGAAGAGGAGAUGGUGAAGUACAAGCUGGAUCCGGAUGAGGACCUUGAAUUCAUCAAGCAGCUGAUAGUUGGACGCCCAGAUGGUGAAAAUCAGGGAAGAGGUAAGGACAAGUCUUUCCUCUGUGAAAUCGUGGCCAACAAAACCAAUGGCAUUGAUGUCGAUAAGUGGGACUACCUCGCCAGGGACUGCCAUCAUCUGGGCAUUCCCAUGAGCUUUGACUAUCGCCGCCUCCUGAUGUUUGCCAGGGUGUGUAAGGUGGACAAACGGACACACAUCUGCGUCAGAGACAAGGAAGCAGCAAAUCUGUAUGACAUGUUCUACAGAAGGUUCUCUCUCCACCAAAGAGCCUACCGGCACAGAGUGAACAACAUCAUAGAAUACAUGAUCACAGAGGCCCUUUUAGAGGCAAAUGAACACAUCAAGAUUGAUGGAAUCAAACUUUCCGAAACCAUCCAUGACAUGAGCGCCUACACCAAGCUGACAGACAGCGUGUUUGAUCAAAUACUCAACUCCCCUGAUGUGAAUCUACAGGGGGCAAGAGAGAUCCUCAACAAGAUUGUCCGUCGACAGAUCUACAAAUGUUUGGGCAAGAUUCCUAGCAAGGUGGUCACUCAGUUAUGUUCUUGUGUCUUUUCAUGUCUGUGUUGGUGUGGCCAUGUCCAUAUGCUCAGCAUGCAUUGAUCUGUGACUGUGACUAAACUUGG